AUGUUUAUUUGGCACGCUAUUUUUGCCCUUGUACAAGGACUGUUAUUGCUUGCCCAGGUCCUGUUUGGCCACUCCCUUGGUUCCACGCGAUUGCAUUUGUUUCAAGAAGCGCGAACGGUAACCCGCCAUGCGCUCUAUAAAGAUUUUCCUGAACCAGGAGAUUCGACACAGGUCGAAACCGAAACCAUUGGGAUUGUCCGUCGUUUGCCACACCCUUCGGGCAAGAGGUACCGCUUGGUGUUUGUCUUCAGCACCCCAGAAGACAAUUUCCCAGGCAGUUCCUUAUGUGACCAACACUUGCCUGCUUUCACUGACAUGUUCCGCAACAUGUUCGAGAGGGUGGUGAAUGGCCCUGGUUUUCUUGACAUGCGGGGCAUUGAUGCAAAGAUGUAUUUGGUCCUGUCCAUGCGGGCCUUCAAUCGUGGGCCGCCGAUGAUUCCCCACGACAAUCCUUGCUCAGAGGAAUCGUUCAACAUGUCGGCUGGCGAACACCUUGGCUUGGUGUCUUGGACCCGUUUCAAACCUGAUGAAAAAUUCUACUUGAGUGAGUACAUGCGGGUCUUCAUGGAGCGGCUGGGGUACCAGUUGAAGAUCUAUGGGGUCAUGGACGGUCGUAAACUUGUCCCCUACCAGUGCGUCGUUGUGCGGUCGGAGUGGGACCAGUCGAGAGCAUCUUUCUAUGAAGCUUUCAAGGUGCAGAAAGCAGCUUACCGCCGUGCCAAUGGGGGACCCAAAAGCCCGAACUUGAUUGAAGAUCUGGCUCCCCAUUUCUUGCCUGGUGUCCAUCAACGUGAUACCGAUUCCCAGAUCUCUACGCCCAAGCAACAUACCACGGUGCGCAAGACUUUCGUGGAGCUCGACGAAGAGAACGACAUGGGCAAACCCAAGUUGCCCAAGCAGCUGAAACGCAGCAUUUCUACCGGGGAAGUCAUGCUGCGCUUUGAGAGACAGCGGCAAAUGCGAUGUGGUUUGCUGAACGAGGCUCCCCUGAGCUGCGAAAUGGCAAGUGCCGCUGUGAAGUUACCUCCAGGGAUGAGACAUGAUGAGACCAGUUUUUACUUGGAAUUGCCGUUGGCAAGCAGUUUCCCUCACGUGGCUUUGGCCCAAGACGAGAGUGGUUUGGUGGCCAACCCUUUUCAACGGUGUAGCAUGACUGAAGAUCACAGCGACUGGCUGAAUUUUGCGGCUUCCUGUAUGUCCGAUGUACAGUGGGAGGUGGCUGCAAUCCGACCAGAAGCAGUGCUCUCGCAUCGCUCGUGCCCUUGGGGUGGCCAUUUGAUCAAGUUGGAGGCAAAGAAUGUCUUCAUCCAGAAUGCUCCCGCAGAUCCUGCCAAUCUGUUUGUACGCCCUGAAGUGCGGGAUAUGUCUCCGGGGAAGUCCAGGGCGGACUUCUCGUGGCGGUGCCUGGAGACUUACGCGCCCGGAGAUGCCUUGGUGGAGUGUACCAAUUGCUGGUCCACGCGCUUAUUCUCGGUGCUGUUUGGCCACUCCCUCAGCGCCACGCGAUUGCAUUUUUUUCAAAGAAUGCGAACAGUAUCCCGCCUUGCGCUCUAUAAAGACUUUCCUGAAGCAGGAGAUUGCACACAGGUCGCAACCGAAACCAUUGCGAUUGUCCGUCGCUUGCCACACCCUUCAUGCAGCAGGUACCGCAUGGUGUUUGUCUUCAGCACCCCCGAAGACAAUGUCCCGCGCAGAUCCUUGUGUGACCAGCAUUUGCCUGCUUUCAUUGACAUGUUUGAUCAGAUGCUGGAGAGGGUGGUGAAUGGCCCUGGUUUUCUUGAUAUGCGGGGUGUUGAUGCAAAUAUGUACCUGGUCCUCUCGCUGCGAGCCUUCAAUCGUGGGCCACCGAUGAUUCCCCACAACAGCCCGUGUUCAGAGGAAUCUUUCCACAUUUCGGUUGGCGAACACCUUGGCUUGCUGUCUUGGAUCCGUUUCAAACCUCAUGAGAAAUUCUGCUUGCGCGAGUACUUGCGGUGCUUCAUGGAGCGGCUGGGGUACCAGUUGAAGAUCUAUGGGGUCAUGGAUGGUCGCAAGCUUGUCCCCUACCAAUGUGCCGUUGUGCGGUGGGAGUGGAGCCAGUUGAGAGCGUCUUUCCACGAAGCCUUCAAGGUGCAGAAAGUAGCUUACCGCCGCGCCAAUGGGGGACCGAAGAGCCCGAACUUGAUUGAAGCUGGGCUGGGUGAUUCCGAUUCCCAGUUCUCUGUGCCCAAGCGAAAUAUCACGGUGCGCAAGACGUUCGUGGAGCUCCACGAGGAGGAGGACGAGUUGUCCAACCAAAAACUGUCCAAGCAGCUGAAACGGCUGGUCAAACAGGCGCCAGAACCAAUAGCUUGCAAUGAUGGGCAAACACCCGCAUCAGAACUGACCUUCAGUAGGGGCAGUGAUAGUUUCCCUCACGUAACUUUGGCCCAAGAGAUUGGUUUGGUGGACACGCCGGGCACUUGGCACUUCUCAGCCUGGGCUUUGCUCCAAGCUGCGCCAGAUGUGGUGGCGCAAAACGUGGCGCUAGUGGCUCCAGCCACAGCACUGGCUGCCAGUCUGCCGAACUUGCGAAGUGGAGAUGCCAUUGAGGAGCACAGUUUCACUGGUGAGUGCCUUGGUGCCACCUUGGUGCCACCUUGGGCAUCCCAGGUUCCGCUGCUCACUCUGGAGCAGACCUUGCAGCGCAGCGGCAAAGGAGGCGAUGUGCACUUCAUCCACUUUUGGCGAAGUCUUGGAGAGGCGACCGUGUCAUGUGGUGGUGAACUGCAGGGCUGCAGGGGCAGUUCUGCAAGUUUUAAGGUCAGUCUAAAGGCCGAGCUUUCGGAUGGCUUCGAGGCGGACAUGGUGCCUGAGCACACCCUGCCCGGGGCCAUGGCGUGGCCGCGUUGGCAUAGAAAACUCCACAAGGAAAAGGAACAUCAAGAUCACGGCGACUGGCUGAAUUUUGCGGCUUCCUGUAUGUCCGAUGUACAGUGGGAGGUGGCUGCAAUCCGACCAGAAGCAGUGCUCUCGCAUCGCUCAUGCCCUUGGGGUGGUCAUUUGAUAAAGAUGGAGUCAAAGAAUGUCUUCAUCCAGAAUGCCCCUUCAGAUCCUGCUAAUCUGCUGGUGCGCCCUGAAGUGCGGGCCCUGUCUCCGUCAUAUUUCAAAACCGAGAACCCAGCGGAGUACUCGUGGCGAUGUCUGGAGACAUAUGAGCCGGGUAAUGCCUUGAUGGAGCGCACCAACUGCAUGUGGGCCAUUCGCUUGUUGUCAGUGCUGUUUGGUCACUCUCAGGGCUCCACCAGAGAGCACUUUUUUCAAAAAGUACGAACAGUGACCCGCCUCGCUCUCUACAGGGACUUUCCUGAACCAGGAGAUUCCACCUAUGUAGGAACAGAAACCAUUUCAAUUACCCGUCGUUUGCCACACCCUUCGGGCAGCAGGUACCGCUUGGUGUUUGUCUUCAGCACCCCAGAAGACAGCUGGACACAUGCAUCCUUGUGUCGCCAACACUUCCCUGCUUUCACUGACAUGUUGCGCAAGAUGUUCGAGAGGGUGGUGAAUGGCCCCGGCUUCUGUGAUAUGCGGGAGGCUGAUGCAAAGAUGUACUUGGUCCUGUCCAUGCGAAGCUUCAAUCGUGGACACCCUCUGGUCCCGCAAAGAGAUCCUUCUUCGGAUGAAUCUUUCGAUGUUUCGGCUGGCGAACACAUUGGCUUGGUGUCUUGGACCCGUUUCAAGUCUGAUGAGAAUUUCCACUUGAGUGAGUACAUGCGGGUCUUCAUGGAGCGACUGGGGUACCAGUUGAAGAUCUUUGGGGUCAUGGAUGGUCGCAAGCUUGUCCCCUACCAGUGUGCCGUUGUGCGGCAGGAGUGGGAUGAGUUGAAGACAGCUUUCUAUCAGGCUUUCAAGGUGCAGAAAGCCGCCUACCGCCAUGGCAAUGGAGGAAGCAAGAGCCCCAGCUUGACUGAAGAUGCUUCCCCCCGUUUCUUACCUGGUGUCCAUCAGGGUGAGCUGCAAGCUCCACCAAAGCUCUUCAACACCACGGUGCGCAAGACAUUUGUUGAGCUCGAGGAGGAAAGGCCGAAGCGGUCCACGCAUUUGAAGCGGAGCCUCUCCACAGGGGAAGUGAUGACGUGCUUUGUGUAG